CAGGUUUCUAGCUUGGGAUCCUCCAUCGAGCGGGUGGCCCCACUCCCAGGCCUGCUGCCAUGUCGAAGCUGAAGAGCUCCGAGUCGGUGCGCGUGGUGGUGCGGUGCCGGCCCAUGAACAGCAAGGAGAAGACAGCUUCCUAUGAGAAGGUGGUGAACGUGGAUGUCAAGUUAGGGCAGGUCUCGGUGAAGAACCCACGGGGAACAUCUCAUGAACUGCCUAAAACCUUCACCUUUGAUGCUGUGUAUGACUGGAAUUCCAAGCAGGUUGAGCUCUACGAUGAGACCUUCAGACCUCUCGUGGACUCCGUCCUGCAAGGGUUUAAUGGGACAAUCUUUGCCUAUGGGCAGACUGGGACAGGGAAAACUUAUACAAUGGAAGGGGUGCGUGGUGAUCCUGAAAAAAGGGGGGUCAUCCCAAAUUCAUUCGACCACAUCUUCACCCACAUCUCCAGAUCUCAAAACCAGCAGUACCUGGUUAGAGCAUCGUACCUGGAAAUCUACCAAGAGGAAAUCAGAGACUUGUUAUCGAAGGAUCAGUCCAAGAGGCUGGAGCUGAAGGAGAGGCCAGACACGGGGGUGUACGUUAAGGAUUUGUCCUCCUUUGUGACGAAAAGUGUCAAGGAGAUAGAACACGUGAUGAAUGUGGGGAACCAGAACCGCUCGGUGGGGGCCACCAACAUGAACGAGCACAGCUCCCGUUCCCACGCCAUCUUUGUGAUCACCAUAGAGUGCAGCGAGCUGGGGCUGGACGGGGAGAACCACAUCCGGGUGGGGAAGCUCAACCUGGUGGACCUUGCGGGCAGCGAGCGGCAGGCCAAGACUGGGGCCCAGGGGGAGAGGCUAAAGGAAGCCACGAAAAUCAAUCUCUCUCUCUCAGCUUUGGGCAACGUUAUCUCUGCCCUGGUAGAUGGCAAGAGUACCCACAUCCCCUACCGGGACUCAAAGCUGACCAGGCUGCUGCAGGACUCCUUAGGUGGCAACGCCAAAACGGUGAUGGUGGCCAACAUUGGCCCUGCCUCGUACAACGUGGAGGAGACGCUGACGACGCUGAGAUACGCCAACCGUGCCAAGAACAUCAAGAACAAACCACGAGUGAACGAGGACCCCAAGGACGCUCUGCUGCGAGAGUUCCAGGAGGAGAUUGCUCGCCUGAAGGCACAGCUGGAAAAGAGGUCCAUUGGGAAAAGGAAGAGGAGGGAAAGAAGGAGAGAUGGUGGGGAAGAGGAGGAGGACACUGAGGAGGGUGAGGAUGAAGGAGACGACAAAGAUGACUAUUGGAGGGAGCAGCAGGAAAAGCUGGAGAUUGAGAAGAAGGCAAUAGUUGAAGAUCACAGCCUCGUAGCAGAAGAGAAGAUGAGGCUGCUGAAGGAGAAGGAGAAGAAAAUGGAGGACCUGAGGCGAGAGAAGGAAGCGACAGAAAUGUUGAGUGCCAAAAUCAAGGCAAUGGAAAGCAAACUUCUGGUGGGAGGGAAGAAUAUUGUGGAUCACACAAAUGAACAGCAGAAAAUCCUGGAGCAGAAACGACAGGAAAUUGCAGAACAGAAACGCCGGGAGCGGGAGAUCCAGCAGCAGAUGGAAAGUCGGGAUGAGGAGACUCUGGAGCUGAAGGAGACCUAUAGUUCUCUUCAGCAAGAGGUGGACAUAAAGACCAAAAAGCUCAAAAAGUUAUUUUCCAAGCUGCAAGCUGUGAAGGCAGAGAUCCAUGAUCUCCAAGAAGAGCACAUCAAGGAGCGCCAGGAACUGGAACAGACCCAGAACGAACUUACCAGGGAACUAAAGCUGAAGCACUUGAUUAUUGAAAAUUUUAUUCCCUUGGAAGAAAAGAAUAAGAUAAUGAACAGAUCAUUCUUUGAUGAAGAGGAAGACCAGUGGAAGCUGCAUCCAAUAACCCGUCUGGACAACCAGCAGAUGAUGAAGAGGCCUGUCUCUGCUGUGGGGUACAAACGGCCCCUGAGCCAACACGCCAGGGCAUCCAUGAUGAUCCGCCCAGAGGCGCGGUACCGGGCCGAGAACAUCGUGCUCCUGGAGCUUGACAUGCCCAGCCGGACAACGAAGGACUACGAAGGGCCAGCCAUUGCUCCCAAAGUCCAGGCAGCUCUGGAAGCAGCUCUGCAGGAAGAAGAUGAGAUACAGGUGGACGCUUCAACCUUUGAGAGCACUUCCAAUAAGAAAGCAAAACCCAGGCCUAAAACUGGAAGGAAAUCAGGGGGAUCCUCUGCAGCAGGCACCCAUAGUUCCCAGCUCUACCCACAGUCCCGAGGGCUGGUUCCAAAGUAAAACCAGCAGUUCCUCUCCAGGGCACCAACAGCCUUUGCCUUCCAAGAGCAGAGACAAGUGGGAACCUGCAGUGAGUCCUUCCCGGGCCCUGGCCCCGUUCCCUGGAGAUGGCCUCUUUGCUCCUUAACUGACUGGUGCCAGCCCAGGGGCACUGAGCCUCAGGAAGAUCAGCGCUUGCAGUUCAGCCUUUGGCCUAUGUGGGGAACAGAUUUUAGUUAGGAAACCAGAAAUGCAUGAGGUACGUUCAAGUGUAUUAGAAGCAAUGGGAAGCCCAGGGAUCACCUGGCAGCAUCACCCUCUGUCCUGCGCUGCCCUGGAGCUGCACUGGGCGUUUUAGCUCUUGGGCAGUGAGAAGAUGGAGUUGAAAGUCUCAUCUCAACUGAACCACCACUCCAGAGCUCCACCAUGACAACCAUAAAAAGCAGUGUAUCCGUUCCAGCUUGACUAGGUGCAUAGUUUUUCCUCUUCCUGCUGGGAAGGCUGGCAUCAUUUGGAGUCAGGAAGCGGCUGGGACAGGCAGGAUGGCAGCAUGUGCUCACCAGCAGACAGCUGUGCCUCCCUUGAGAGCUGCAGGACCAAAAGAGGGGUCUUGAGAGUAACUUUGUGCUCUCCAGAAAGGAAGCCAUAGGAACUGAAGUCCUCUCCUUGUUUACAGGCCUAAGUGAGAGCUCCUCCAACCUGCCCUCCUACAGACCUCCCUCCUACCAGCAGGAACCACCUUGUCAAAGAACACAUCUGCCUACCCUGCCAGCUCCACAGCCUCCUUCCUCUCUCCAGCCUCCCUCUCUACCCCUGGCAUUUCAAACCAGUGCCCAUCCACAGUCUGUC